CCGUCCUGCCGACUGCGGUGCCUGGCAACAGAAAAAGACGUGAUGACGUCCUCUACAGAUUACGUAUUAUGGGAUGUGCGGAAUUAAACAACCCGAAGAGGACGAGGGGAAAGCCAAAAAUAAUAAAAGAGACAGAAAUAAACGAGGUUCAUGGUGAAUCAUGGAGCUGUCGGCUGUCGGUGAGAGCGUAUUCGCAGCCGAGUCCAUCAUUAAACGGAGAAUCAGACGGGGUCGUUGGGAAUACCUCGUAAAAUGGAAGGGCUGGUCUCAGAAGUGAGUAUAAUAGCCGAGGCUGUGAAGGACAGCGCUCCAUCCUGGCCGCUCGUACAACUGCACCACCCCAGUUUGUGUCGUUACUGAGCUUAUGGAUGUUUUCUUUUUAUUCGUUAAACGCACUAUGUGAGUUGGGGCGCAGUCUGAUCCGUUUGUUGUGGCUUGUGUGCGCCACUCAGGUGUUUAAAAUGUCCGAGCUUGAGCUCGCUGGUGUGAUUUUAAAGUCCACACUAGCUUUAGCAAUGGCUGGGUUUCACCAUGCGUCACUGUCCGCUACGUAGUCUGUAAUUGCAGCUGCACGCAGCAAAAUUGCUUUGAUAAAAGUGUGACACCGCGCCUGCAGGCGCGAUGACAUGUGUUUUGCUCAAAAUAUGUGCCCAACUCUCGGGUGUUUUCACAUAGGUACAGCACUUGGGAACCGGAGGAAAAUAUUCUGGAUGCACGCCUCUUCGCUGCCUUCGAGGAGAGAGCGAGAAAGAGAGCUGUUCGGGCCGAAAAAGAGGGGACCCAAGCCCGAGACAUUUCUCCUGAAGGCCAAAGCCAAAGAAAAGACGUAUGAAUUUAGAAGAGAGAGUCCCAGAGGAAUACAGGUUUCUUAUCCCAUCCCAGAGCCCGUCAUAACACCGAGGGCUCGGGAGGGUUUACGCACCGUGGUUCCAACAAUCUUCCCACCGAGUUCAGUCAACAGGGGGGAAAGCUUCCACGUCCGACCACCAGAGUCAGAAAGGAGGCCCAGACCUUCGCCAGCACUUAUAGACCAGAAAUCCCUGCGGUUCCCCAAAAAGCGAGGGCGCAAGCCGAAGCUUUAUUUGCAUCAUAACAAACAUGAUGCCAGCAGCUCAGUGGAGCCGGACACCAAACGGAGCAGGUUACAGGAGGAGCCGACGUCACACGGCCUGUCCAAACUGUCUCAACGCCUGCAUCAUCCCAGAGAUGCUCCAGAUCACAGCCUCGUCCAGCUGACCAAGAGGUUCCAAGAAGAGACCACGAUAACGCCAAAGUCAAGCAGCGAGCAGAGACAUGUGGGAGGCGCAGGGCGCUCUUGUGCUUUCAGUCCAUAUGUGCGUAAAAGUGAUCAGGACGGACACAGGACUUAUUUGAGUAGAAUGGCUAUUCCCCAGCCCAACAAGGUGAAACACCCCACAGAGCAGCGGGUCUAUCAGUUUAAUAAAUGCUGUGCUCUCCGCGAACUAGCUCGUGCAGAGUCGUCACAGUCCGAGUCCACCCAAAACACAUCCGCUCUGCCAUCCACUUCCUGGACCCCCUCUUUCACCAACCUGGACACGGUUACUGUGACAGAUGUCACUAUGAACUCCUUAACAGUCACUAUCAGAGAGAGCAGCACAGACAAAGGCUUUUUUAAAGAUAAAAGAUAAGUGUUUGGUGUUCUGAAGAGGACUGUACUAUACCGAGGUAGCUGUUAUAUACAACUAACAAACAGGCCAACUGUUAUACUAUAUUUUUUCUAUGUAACUUUUGAACAUGUACAUAAGUAUUUAAUACGUUGAAGAAAUAAACUGAAAGGUGGUAUUAUAAA